UUAUUAAUAUGGCCCCAAUAUAUUAGUGCUUCACCUAUUGCUGAGGACUGGACCACAAGAUUAAUCUGCAGAAAUGGAGAAUUCCAGUGUAAGAAUGGCGCAUGCGUAGAAGAUGUGAGUCGGUGCAACGGUACUACCGAGUGCAGUGAUGGAAGUCACGAGAAGUUACGCAGAAAUCGCAAACCUCGUUCUACUACCUGUGAGCUUCCACCGCAACCAGAACACGGGUCUUACACGAAAUUAGAAGUUGCUAACGUACCAUCUUAUGUAGACGACUAUGUAGUACUGAAUUAUACUUGUAAUCAACCGUUUAGAUUAAUUGGGAAGCCAUUUGUUAUUUGUUAUAAUGGAAAUUGGAAUCAUGAGUUGCCAACUUGUCAAGCUUUAUGCAAACUUGCAAAGAACCUUCGAACAGAGUACAGAUGCCUGCUUUCUGGCAAGCAAACAGGCUACAAGAUAUGUGACUUCAUGGUCCCUGAAGGUACCAGAGUGCAACCAGUUUGCAAGAAUUACCAUUACAAUCCUGAUGGGGACCUGCCUAUUAUGAUGUGUAAAGAUGGCAAGUGGAAUUAUACAGCUACGUGUAUUAUUGAUUGUGGAAAACCAGUAUCAAAAGGCAUACCAUUAAUGGCUGGAGGUGACCCCGCCAAGAGAGGGGAGCUGCCCUGGCAUGCAGGAAUAUACUCCAAGAAGGUCACACCUUACGAACAGAUCUGUGGAGGUUCCAUCAUCAGCUCCAAGGUUGUUGUCUCUGCUGCCCACUGUUUCUGGGAAUCUGGGCAUCGUAUGCUGCCGUGCAAGUAUGCUGUAGCUGCUGGCAAGGUAUACCGUGACUGGGAUGACCCUCAAGAUGAUUAUGUACAACGACAAGAUGUUAUAGACAUAAAGAUCCCCCCUCGUUUCCGAGGAGUUGAGACUAACUUCCAGGACGAUCUGGCUCUGGUGAUCUUGGACAAAGGACUGCAAUUCGUCAUGUACAUCAGACCAGUGUGUCUGGACUUUGAUUAUAAGUUUGAUGAAGAACAAUUGAAGGCCGGGAGUUUGGGAAAGGUGGCUGGUUGGGGCUACACGUCAGCAGCUGGUCAGCCGUCUCCGUUCUUGAAAGUGGCUGAGCUGCCGAUUGUCAGCUUAAACAGGUGCUUCAACGAGACUCCUCAUGACUUCACCUCUUUCAUCACCACAGAUAAGAUCUGUGCUGGUUAUACUAAUGGAACAGCGGUAUGCAAAGGCGACAGCGGCGGCGGCCUGGCAUUCCCAGAAAUGACAGGUCACGUCACUCGAUACUACCUCCGUGGUCUCGUAUCUACGGCACCUUCAGACGAUCUAAAUUGUAACACGCAGACUAUAACAGCAUUUACACAUCUGUUGAGGCACCAGAGUUUCAUACAGAGCCAUUUUAUUGAAUAUCAAAAGUUGAAGUUUCUGCAUUUCGAUUCUAGGAUGGUGACACAGUAUAAUUAUACUGCUACUGAAUGCCCGAAUUAAAAGGCAGAGAUAAAUAA